GAAUGAGCCAACCUGGAUCUAUUUGGAAUAAUAAUACUGGAUAUUAUUUGUCAGUGGUGAUGGAUGUCAUUAUCUCUGAAUAGAAUCAGGUGCACAGCCAUGGCCAACCUGCAGCAGGAAUACCCCGGGGUUCUUCUGGGAAUCCUGGAGGAACUGGCUAACAUGCGCCAGUGGCUGACGUUCCAGGACCUUUGUCGUAUGGUCAGCACCCGGUUCGACCUAGAGCAUCUUGUUGAGCUCAGGAGUUUGCUGUUUGCUGCUGCCAGUCGGGACCCCUGUUUCCCAGCCACUCUCUUCAGAGACCGGGUUUCUGCCAGAGGCCAGGGACUCUCACCCAUAGGCGUCGCUGCUGAUAUUGUGACAAUCUUCAAUCUAAUCCAAAUGACGGGUGGGGCUCCCGAUGACAAUCAGCAAAUGAGAGCUCAGACAGUCCUCCCAGUCGACCAUUCCUCAAGCUCAAGUCUUCCUGGAAUCCACCAGCUGAACAUUUCUGGUCGAGAAAGAGCACGUGCCCACUCAGAUUCUGGAGGUAGGCUUAUUGAUCAGCACUUGCUGAUUCCAAAAUCUAAUUACUCAGCCCGCAAGCGAGGAAGUCUUCCUCCUGAUCCCAUCUCCCUUGUGUCCUCCCCUCCAAUCAGGGCAAGGGCUGUGUCUUUCGACUUGCCUCACACAACACUCUUGUACUCAAGUAGUCAAAUUCCCAACGAGGUCAUGAAGAACAUCUACCUGCCAUUGGAGACGGACAGUGAGUCUAGUGGAGAUUCUACACACGCGGAGGUAUUUGAAGCUGAAGAGGCAUCAGCUGUUGACCAGAAGAGAAGCAUCUUUAGGAAGGACUUCCAUAACCAGCCACCUCUGAUUCCACAGGUAACUGUGAACAGUGAGUCUCCAAGUCCCAAUAGGCUACAGACAAGCUUUGACAAUCACAGCUUUGGAAUGAUCCCAAAUCCUUACCCUUCACCAGCCGCAGUGCACCAGAUACCAGAGAAGCGGACAAAACACGAAAGUCUUGAUGACCUGCAAGACUCAACUUAUUUUGGACCUGGGUCAGUUCCAGAUUGGUCCCCUCGACACCUCCAGCCUCCAAAGGCACAGAAAUCGAUCUGGAGCAACAAGAGUCACAGUCUAGAAGACCGGAUAGGCAUUGGCAGUGUUGGGAUGGAAUCACAAAGGGGACAACUUCCAAGACGAUCAACGCCUGCUUUGGGGUCCACUGGAGGUGAGAGUGCAGAUAGUGGUUUGCCAAGUGGAGGAGAUGUAAAGGCUCAGGGAACCCAGACAGACCCACCAGACCCCCGACGUCUCCGUAGCCUGGUCCACGCUGAUCGCCUCUCCUUCAUGACCUCAUUGGAUGACCCUGAGUUUGGUGAGGAUGACAUCAGCGCCAUUUUUCGUUUCUUAGACGACAUAAGCAUGUGUGGUUCUACAGGAGUCCUGCACCCCAGUGAAGGAACAGGGACUAUCAACCAGGACACCCCAGAGGCCAGACGUGGCCGUCUGGGUCAACUCCAAAGGCUUUUUCAUUCUUUAGAAAGCAGUGACGAUGGGUUAAAGGCCAGUGUCUGUAAGCUGUUGCUCCGUAUGAGCCAGAUAGAAAGACAACUGGAAUCACUAAAUGAUGUAAAGGCUGAGAUUUCCCAGGUGCUAUCUGCUCUGCAGAGACUGGAUGAAAAGAUCCAGCAGCCUGUGAGUGCCGCUGAACAAAGCAGCAGCGGGCGAUGGCUGGAGCCUCUCAGUGGCGUUUCCUCCUUUAUGAGCCACCCUGUAACUCCAUCUGAGUCAUCAGAGCCACAACCUCUGUCAGUGUCUGGGCAUCUGUUUCCCGGGACCAGCUCUAGUAGUCUGGAGUGGAGCAGAUGGAACACUCCCGGAGAGCAAACAGAGAGCAGCAAAGGUCAGGCUGAUUUUAAAGGCGGAAAAGAAGGGAAGAAAGAUGCAUCAUCUCGCCGUGCCUCCAAAACACAGCCUGAAGAGAAAGGCGUCUCUGAUUCCAAACAACUGAAUGUUUCUAACUCUGCAAGAGACUGGACAGUGUCCUUCUCUAAAAAUAAAGAUGCAAAAGGCUCUCAUGGAAAAGCGGAACAGGCAGAUCAGUCAAGCAGCACAACUAACCUACUCUCCCAAAAAAAGUCCUCCAGUCUGGUGGAACAAGUUUUUAACUCAUCCCUGUUCCGCCACAAAGACAGCAGUCUGACAGGUGGACUGAGCUCUGGGAAGAUCAUGGACACUAGACUGGCUGAGGGGAGGGGAAGGCCCAUCUGGACUGUGGAUGACAGAGAGGCACGGAUCUCCCCUCUGGACAUACAGGGCCAGGAGUCUCUGAACCCCAACAACAUGGAGUUCUGGAUGGACGACAUCUACACUCCAGGCUACGAUGCUCUCCUCAGGCGUAAAGAGGCUGACCAGCGCCGGGCCAAGGCCUGCAAGCUAAUUGCACUUAUUGCCACUGCAGUGGCUAUCAUUCUCAUCAUUGUCAUUCCUAUUUGCACCGUUGGCUCGUGA